AUGGACAACGCACACACAAAGACGGUUGAAGAAGUUCUCGGCUUCCUCAACGUGAACGAAAGCACCGGUCUGAGUUUAGACGAAGUGAAGAAACAACGGGAACGAUUCGGGCCAAAUGGUAAGGAGCUGGUGUGGAAUGAUAAGUUCAUAAACAAGCCGUGUUCCCGGCGUCAUGUAUGGCCCAUAGCUCGUGUUCCUGUAACGGAGAGCUCAUUACGUCACAUCGUGGAUGUGCUGGCCUGGUUCGAAGAGGGAGAAGAAACUGUUACAGCCUUUGUGGAGCCUUUUGUUAUCCUUCUCAUUCUCAUAGCAAAUGCCAUUGUAGGAGUCUGGCAGGAGCGAAAUGCAGAAAAUGCCAUUGAGGCGCUGAAGGAGUACGAGCCAGAGAUGGGGAAGGUGUACCGACAGGACAGGAAGAGCGUCCAGCGAAUCAAAGCCAGAGAUAUUGUGCCGGGAGACAUUGUGGAGGUGGCUGUUGGUGAUAAAGUGCCUGCAGACAUCAGGCUGUCCUCUAUCAAGUCCACCACUCUGAGGGUGGACCAGUCAAUUCUGACAGGGGAGUCUGUUUCAGUGAUCAAGCACACAGACCCGGUGCCAGACCCCCGUGCUGUCAACCAGGACAAGAAGAACAUGCUCUUCUCUGGCACCAACAUCGCAGCCGGUAAGGCCGUCGGCGUGGUCGUGGCCACAGCUGGAAACACAGAGAUAGGCAAAAUCCGAGACGAGAUGGCCUCAACGGAGCAGGAGCGCACGCCACUGCAGCAGAAGCUGGACGAGUUUGGCCAGCAGCUGUCCAAGGUCAUUUCACUGAUCUGCAUCGCUGUGUGGAUCAUCAACAUCGGCCAUUUCAACGACCCCGUCCACGGGGGCUCCUGGAUUCGAGGCGCCGUCUAUUACUUCAAGAUAGCCGUGGCUCUGGCGGUCGCCGCCAUCCCUGAGGGUCUACCUGCUGUCAUCACCACCUGCUUAGCCUUAGGAACACGCCGGAUGGCCAAGAAGAACGCCAUCGUCCGCAGUUUGCCCUCUGUGGAGACCCUCGGCUGUACAUCUGUCAUCUGCUCUGACAAGACUGGCACGCUAACCACUAACCAGAUGUCUGUGUGCAGGAUGUUUAUUGUGGAUAAAGUAGAGGGCAACCACUGCGCAUUAAAGGAGUUCAAUGUGACUGGCUCCACCUAUGCCCCAGAAGGAGAAGUGUUUAGCGAUGGCAAACCAGUCCAAUGUUCCAAGUAUGAUGCUCUGGUGGAGCUGGCUUCCAUCUGUGCUCUCUGCAACGAGUCCUCACUGGACUUCAAUGAGGCCAAAGGAGUGUAUGAGAAGGUGGGCGAGGCCACAGAGACGGCUCUGACAUGCCUGGUGGAGAAGAUGAACGUGUUUGAUACGGACACCAAAGGCCUGUCCAAAAUCGAGCGCGCCAAUGCCUGCAACUCUGUCAUCAAACAGCUGAUGAAGAAAGAGUUUACCCUGGAGUUUUCCAGAGACAGGAAGUCCAUGUCUGUGUACUGCACUCCCAAUAAAGCCCGAUCCUCUGUCGGGAAGAUGUUUGUAAAGGGUGCCCCAGAGGGAGUGAUUGACAGGUGCACACACAUCCGUGUAGGCAGUAACAAAGUGCCCAUGACGCCUGGCAUCAAGGAGAAGAUUUUGUCUGUGAUCAGAGAGUACGGGACAGGCAGGGACACUCUGCGCUGUCUGGCUCUGGCCACCCGAGAUAACCCCAUGAGCAAAGAGGAAAUGGUGUUGGAAGACUCCACUCGCUUCGUACAGUAUGAGACCGAUCUGACGUUUGUGGGCUGUGUGGGCAUGCUGGAUCCUCCCCGGGCCGAGGUGGCCGCCUCUAUCAGGCUCUGCCGUCUGGCAGGCAUCAGAGUGAUCAUGAUCACUGGAGACAACAAAGGGACAGCAGUGGCCAUCUGCAGAAGGAUUGGUAUCUUUGGAGAGGAGGACGAUGUUUCCAGCAUGGCUUACACUGGCCGAGAGUUUGAUGAUCUCUCCCCUGCCGCACAAAGGGAGGCUGUGGUCAAGGCUCGCUGCUUUGCCCGCGUCGAGCCCGCACAUAAAUCCAAGAUUGUCGAAUUUCUUCAAUCUUACGACGAGAUCACCGCCAUGACUGGUGACGGUGUAAACGAUGCCCCCGCUCUGAAGAAGGCCGAGAUUGGUAUCGCCAUGGGCUCAGGAACCGCCGUGGCCAAGACCGCCUCAGAGAUGGUGCUAGCCGACGACAACUUCUCCACCAUUGUGGCCGCAGUCGAAGAGGGCAGAGCCAUUUACAACAACAUGAAGCAGUUCAUCAGAUACCUCAUCUCCUCAAACGUGGGAGAAGUCGUCUGCAUCUUCCUGACCGCAGCUCUGGGGUUCCCUGAGGCUCUCAUCCCCGUGCAGCUGCUCUGGGUCAAUCUGGUGACUGAUGGUUUGCCCGCCACCGCGCUGGGCUUCAACCCCCCGGACCUGGACAUCAUGAGCAAACCUCCACGCAAUGCGCGGGAGCCCCUCAUCUCUGGGUGGCUCUUCUUCAGAUACCUCGCCAUUGGAUGUUACGUUGGGGCUGGCACGGUCGGGGCUGCUGCAUGGUGGUUUGUUGCUGCUGAGGAUGGGCCCAGAAUCACCUUUUACCAGCUGAGUCAUUUCCUUCAGUGUGGCCCAGAAAACCCAGACUACGAAGGUCUGGACUGUAAGGUGUUUGAGUCUCCCUACCCCAUGACCAUGGCCCUGUCGGUGCUGGUCACCAUUGAGAUGUGCAACGCCCUGAACAGUGUGUCGGAGAACCAGUCGCUGCUGAGGAUGCCCCCCUGGGAGAAUGUGUGGCUGCUGGGAGCAAUCUGCCUCUCCAUGUCUCUGCACUUCCUCAUCCUCUACGUGGAGCCUCUUCCAAUCAUCUUCCAGAUCACCCCUCUGAAUCUGACACAGUGGCUAAUGGUGCUCAAGAUCUCCCUGCCAGUCAUCCUCCUGGAUGAAUUUCUCAAGUUUGCUGCCAGGAACUACCUGGAGCCCGGUAAAGAGCUGGAGAAGCCUGCCGGCUCCAAAGGCUGCUCCCUGUCUGCAUGUAUGGAGGGAAUCUCCUGGCCCUUCGUGGCCAUUUCCCUCCCCUUGGUGCUCUGGAUCUACAGCUCCGACACUAACCUGGCCGACAUGUUUAUGUCCUGACUGACUUGAGCACAACCUCGACUUUUCCAUUCCCCACCCACUGCCAUCACUUCCCUCUCUCCUCUCCUCCUUCUCUCUCUGCCUUCCUAAAUGUGCAUAGCUAGUGUGUGUGUGUGCAUUUGUAGAGUUAGUGUGUGUGUGUGUGUGCGCGCGGCUGUGCGUACGAGAAGGACCGACUCACGACACAUAACAAAUAAUAUAAAAUGUUAACAAACACUUGUGUUGAGUUGGGGUAGGACUUGUGAAUGGGUGAAGCUUUAACUGUGAGUGUUAGAAGACCAUCACUCCCAUGGCUGUGGACUUGGUUGCUGGUUUGAGAGAAAAAAAUGUUGCCAGUUUUUUCUUUCUUUUUUUUUUUUAAAUUAGUUUUUGUUUGUCUUUAUUGCCUUUAAGGUAUAUUUUAAAUAUUUUGAAAAAUUUCCAUGUCCUUUUUGUCACUACAAUUACAUCAAAUUGUUUUGUUCAGCCUCCCUCCUAAAGAAAUGGAAAUUUAAGAUAUCAGAAAAAUAAUUUGAUCUGUACAGAGAUUGAACACUAUUUUAUGCAAAUUCUUUUUUUUU